AAAUUAGUGUUUUUCGUCGAUGACUUGAUGCCAUUCUCGUGCAGGUAAAAAUUAUGCUGAUUAACACCAUCAUUUGAACAGCAGCAAGCACCAGUCCGCCAAUUAAAAAGAGUUUAGUGUGAUGUUCAUACCAUGUACUCAGAUGUUCCAGGCAACUUUGACUGUACCGUGCAUGAUUGUAUUCGUGUUUCAAUAAAGAUUGACAAAGCGAAAUAUUUAGUGGUUUCGGGUCGAGAUAAGAGCGUUUCUCAUGGCUAUUUUGAAGAAUGCAACACGUCGCUGGAACGACCCAAUCCCGUUUAGCAUAGUUUUGUAGUUUCCAAAGUGACAUAUCAUAAUCCAAAUUGCUACUGAUUGCACAGCAUUUGAAACUGCAGCAUUUUCACCAUGAGCGAUUCAUCCAAGCUUAAGCCAAUACAUUGUGGCCAUACAGCUGCCAUCGAACAAAAUGAAAACUCAACUAACAACCAACAUAACACUAUCAAAAAGUACUGGAAAUCCAAUAGAAUACUUGUUAAAAAAAAAACAAACAAAAUUAAGGCAAAAACAAGUACAAGUACAUACAAUGCUCAACACAAAAUAGUUACUCAAGCAGGUGCAAAAUAUGGAAAGUAAAACCAAACAAAAAAAGUUCGAAUCAUCAUCGCAUUAAAUUGUGCAUCAAUAGAAAUUCAAUGACACCCGAAACAAUACAAAAGAGUUUGUAUUAAAGUGCACCAAACUGUAUUGUACGCGUUCGUAUUGUUAAAGCGAAUAAUGAAAAAAAAACCGUUGACCGGAAGAGCGUCACACAUUAAUGAUCGUGAGUUGUGUAAACAUAUACACAAUUUUGUGGCCUGUUAUGUUUAUUUGAUUCUUCAAAACACAAAUGAAGUUGUUUUUGAACAUAUUUUAUUUUUUGAUAUAUUAAUUAAACACUUUUAUGUGAUGGAAUUUGGAGAAAAAAAAUCAUUCAAUGAAUCAACCAGAACCAGGGGUCAGUUUUAAUAGUUGUCACGAUUGAGGGCCUCCAUUUCCGAUCGGAUACUGUUUACGAUAUCGGCCAAUGCUUCAGGAUGGACACCCGCUUCACAUAGACGGAUGCAAACAUCUAAAGUUUCAGCACUGAGACCAGUAUUGAGUAAGUGUGACAUGUUGUAAAGCGUUUUUCGAACUUUUUGCGACUGUUGUAGUUGAAUGUAAUUUUGCUCAUUUCCAUUGGUACGUGCCUCGUUCGUUUGAUCGGAAGAUGACAUGAUGUUGCGAUUCCUCAUAGCUAUAUGGAACACAAAGCCAAAUAUGUUGUUUUUUUAAAUUGAAAUUGAAUGAAAGUAUGAACAAAAGAACACAUACUGGAUUGUAAAAAUGAAUAGUGUGUAAAUAAAAUUGGUUUUUCCGGGAAUGUAAUGUAACACAAAAAUCAAAAUUCGAAUGUUUUCGGAAACAAGAAAUAAAAAUGAAACUAAAAUUUGUGAGAGUAUUCUUUCUCUCGUAAAACAGUCAAAAUAAACUGACCUUCUGGUAUUCGGUUUUCAAGGAAUGUCAAAAUCAAUGAAGAUAAAACAAUAAAUUUGACUUCGACAGUAGAAUAAAUGUAGUACUAGAUUUUAGUCGUACUAGGUCUACACACAACAAUGACAAUUCAAUGAAUGAUACUUUUAAUGUAAACACACGUGUUGGCUUGACUAGAAUUGAAUGUGAUUUCAAAAAAAGUUUUAGUAAAAAUUCAUCAACAUAUUUGAGAUAGAAUCCAAUUAUUAUAUGUUGAUUGGUAACAUGUCAGCGCCGGUAACACAUACUACUAAAAAGAAAUCCUGGCGCGAAAUCCAUCGUGAACAAAAGGAACAGCGAAAAGUUUAUCGUGAACAAAAUUUAGAGAGGAAAUUGGAAAAGCAGAAAAAGCGUGAAGAGCUCCAACGACAAAAGGCUGAAGAAGAAAUUCAAGAGAAAGCUACACCGGCAGUAUCAACACUCAGUAUUGCUGUGCCCGGAUCAAUUCUAGAAAAUGCUCAAUCGGAAGAAUUGCGUACCUAUUUGGCCGGGCAAAUCGCAAGAGCCGCUUGUAUUUUCAAAGUGGACGAAAUAGUUGUGUUUGAUGAUCUUGGUGAAGAUAACGCCAAGCGUGCCAAAAGAUCCGGUGACACUUGGCAAGAGGAAGACAAUGAAACUAAAAACGUUCGACAUUGCUGUGUGCAACUGGCCCGAAUUUUACAGUAUCUGGAAUGUCCACAAUAUUUGCGAAAAUUCUUCUUUCCAUUGCAUCGAGAUUUGAAAUAUACGGGACUUUUAAAUCCACUGGACGCACCACAUCAUUUACGGCAACAAAGCGAGUUCAUUUUUCGCGAAGGUGUGGUGAGCGGAAAACCGCCAAAACAAAGCAAAGGAUCCUACGUCAAUAUUGGAUUGCUCAAUGACUGUUUAGUUGAUAAAAUACUUACGUCUGGUUUAAGAGUCACAGUUAAAUUGGAGCCCGAUCAAGAAUUGAAAUCAAAGAAGAUCCGCGGAAAAAUUGUGUCGCCGUUGCAGCCGCGCCUUGAAACCGGUGUUUACUGGGGUUACCAGGUUCGGAUAGCCAAAACGUUUUCAGACAUUUUUACCAAAUCUAUUUACGAGAAUGGGUACGAUUUGACAGUGGGCACUUCAGACAAAGGCACGGAUAUUCACACAGUUGACAACAAAACAAUGAAAUUCAAUCACGCAAUUAUUGUUUACGGUGGUGUAUUGGGCUUAGGGGCAGCCAUCGAAAAUGACGAUGAACUAAAUGUUGAUGAUCCGAGUCUAUUGUUUGACGAGUAUAUUAAUGUUGCGCCAAAUCAGGGUUCGCGUACAAUUAGGACCGAGGAGGCAAUACUGAUUUCACUAGCUGCUCUAGAAGAAAAAAUGGAACCACUGCAUCGGCCAAAAGUAUUCGACUUAUCGCAUUCAAUUCCUCAGAGUGAGGAUACGGGCAUAAAACCAUCAUUCAAUGCUGUUUCCGCGAAGCGAAAACACAAACAAUUUCAAAACCAAAACGAUACAAAUAGCAGCGUUGCUUCACCUAACAAUACAUUUGUAGAAGAAAGUGUUACAGCUGAAGAUUGAAAAAAAAUGGAAAAAAAUUAAAUUUAAAUAGAACCAAGUGCGAUUCAAA